AGAUAAACCAAUAACAGAAAUGAAUCAUCAGGAAAGGUCUACACUUAACAAAGUACUUCAUGAGAAACAACAGCUUCUAGCAACAUCUAACAGGUUUCACUAUGUCAAGAUGGCCCAUCUUUUUGGAGUACCCAGUGAGGAAAUCCGUUUGAUGGAAAAUGCAGAGCAUGUACUGGAUUAUAUCUCCGAGACACGAGAGGUUGAGAUUACAGUCGCAGAGUUUCUGAACAAACUUGAAGAUAGUGGUCAAUGCUUUGAUGUCGUACGUCGACUGUGUAAACAAAUUAUAACUCGAGAAGGAGAGCAACACUAGGUAGUAACUCUUAAAGCUUGUAAAAAAGCAAUUCUGUGGAAAGUGUUAAUAUCAAUGCCUGGGUUGAGCUAAGAAAAGUUGACUGAAGCCUGGUUCAUACUUCCUGCGAAUGUAAAUGCGAAGCAAAUUUUGACAUCACAUGGCUGUUUUUGCAGCGAA